ACGCUUUCUCCCUAACUUUUCCCUUACACGCUUGAUCAAACGGUAAGGAAUUCUUGUUCAUCACACAUUAUAAAUACCCUCUUCCCUUCUCUCUCAAACCUCCUUACUACCCACAAUUCACAGACACUGUAGCAAAGGUAAGUUCAACUUAUUAUUCUUCAAAAACCAUAAGAAGAAUAAUUAAAGAAAAAUGGGUUUUGUAUCCGUGAAAGUGAUUCUAAUCUCUACCUCGAUUUUAUCAAUGGCAAUGGCGUUGAACCUAACACUACCAACCGUAUCACAUUUCAUCCUCAACGAAGCUCCUACCAUUUGGAACUUCUUCCUCACUUGCUUCACACCACCUUACCUUUACCUUCUCCUCAACCUCAUCAUCCUCACCAUUGUCGUUACCUCCAAGUUCCAUAAUCACAACCACCAUUCCCCGCCGGAACCUUCAAUGCUUCCACCUGGGACUGUCGUUUACGCCACACCUUCUCCGGUUCAGAUCCCCGUCCCGGUGCCAGAGCCAGUUCAGAUCUCCCAAACCGCCAUGCUAGCGAACUACAGCGGCUUCGUUUCAGAUGGAUUUGCUUAUGACGUGAAAACCGAUGAAACAGUUACGGAAGUUAACGAUUCUUUUGUUUACGCCAGUGAAGAGAAUACUCCGGAGAAAACCUCUGUUUUCAGUUCUGAGGACUCUGUUCUUGUUCCAAGUUUGCAGAGGAAGGAUUCGUCGGAGUUCGCGUUUAACGAUGAGAACGAGAAACCUCCGGUUUCUUCAAGAUUCAAUCACCGGAAAACUGUUAGAGCAACUCCUGAAGGAGGGAAGGCGGUGGCGUUGAGAGUGACGAAACCGAAGAAGCAGGAAACAUUGGAGAACACGUGGAAGACGAUAACGGAGGGAAGAGCAAUGCCGUUAACUCGUCAUCUGAAAAAGUCCGAGACGUUUGAAACGCAGCCACGCCGUAACGGUGUACCGUUAGCGGAUUUGAACGGAGGAAGUUUCGGAGGAGGCGGUGUUCCGGUGAUGAAGAAAUCGGAGACUUUUAGUGGAAGGGAGAAUAGUGUUUCGCCGAGUUCCGGUGGGAUGAUGAGGAAAGAACCGUCGCUGAGUCAGGACGAGUUGAAUCGGCGAGUUGAAGCGUUUAUUAAUAAGUUUAAUACGGAGAUGAGGUUGCAGAGGCAGGAAUCGCUGAGACAGUACCGUGAGACGAUCAAAGGUAGAACUUGCUGACGUGGCGGGUUUAUCCAACGGUCUCUUUUUUUUUUUGGGAAAGGGGAAUUCAAUUGAGAUAGUGACUGAACAGUGAACGAGGAGUGUUUUUUAUGGUUAUGUUGCGUUGGUUUUUUAAGGCAAUAUGAAACACAGUACUAAGAUUUUUUUUUUGGGUAAUUGCAAUUGAAUUUUUUUGUUCUUUAUUAUGUUAAUAGAGUGCUCAUGCAAUUUUCCGAUUGCUUAAAUAAAUCUUCUUAUUAUUCUUGGA